GUGUGCAUCAGCUGAUUCUAAAUACACACGUUUGAAAUUGUGACACGAAUACGAUCUACAUAAUAACAGAAGUUACUUAGUGAUGAAAUUAGUUUUAUAAUUAAAUUUAUGUUCACACUAGCUCUGGUUUAUAAAGCAUUUAUUCAAUGAAAUAGAAUUCCAAUAAGAAAAUCAGAGGCUGGCAUAUUCUGAGGGCUACAGAUCUAAGGGAUCCACCGUAGUGUUAUACCUUUUAAAUGGAACUGGAAAAACAAUGCAAUCUAUAAUUAUCACAGACGCAAUCCAAUUCGUAAUCUAUAUAUAUCUGGGCAUUGGAAAUAGUUGCUAAUUUCUUCUAUCAUAAUGCUACUGCUUUUUAUGCAGAGCACAGUUGUAAAAAUAAUUGAUUCACCAUGGUCGUGGGAAAUUUGAGGAAGAGGAAAAUUAUCAAUGAUUCCUGGCGGAAACUUCCAUCUGAAACUAUGCAGAAAGAAGAAUCUACAUCAAGGGAGGAUGUAGCUGCUGAGGAAGAGUAUGAAGAAACGUCUGAUACUUGUCAGUUGCUAAAUGGAGGAGAAUUAGAAAUUGAAGUGCCAGAUACAAAAGAAUCUUUAUGGGCUACAUCAGUGCAGAUGUUUAUACCCUUCAUUCUUGCUGGUUUUGGCAUGGUAGCAGCUAGUUUAUUACUAGAUAAAGUGCAGCAUUGGCAGGUUUAUCAGGAAGUUUCAGAAGUUUAUAUUCUGGUACCAGCACUUUUAGGUUUGAAAGGUAACUUAGAAAUGACUUUGGCAUCCAGACUUUCCACGCAUGCAAACAUUGGACAUUUCGACAAUCCUAAAAUGAAAUUGAAUCUGAUAAUUGGAAAUUUGUCACUAAUUCUGUGUCAAGCUACAGUUGUUGGUUUUCUAGCCUCGAUAGCAGCUGUAUUGCUUGCAUGGAUGCCCAAAGGAGGAAUUGAUGUUGAACAUGUACUCCUACUGUGUGCUUCUAGUGUAGUUACAGCACUUGGCGCUAGUUUUAUUUUAGGCUUAGUCAUGAUAGGGGUAGUUUUAUUUUCAAAAAGCCUCAAUAUAAACCCUGAUAAUGUUGCAACACCUAUUGCUGCUAGUUUGGGGGAUCUCACAACAUUGGCGUGUUUGUCUUUGUUGGCAUCAUUUUAUCUUAAAACUCUUGAAAAAGAUAUUUGGUUUUGUACAGUAUCAAUAAUUAUAGCUCUUGUAAUGAUACCAGUGUGGGCAUGGAUGGCAAGUAGAGAAAAAUAUUCCCAACAAGUGCUCUGUACAGGGUGGACUCCAGUAAUAAGUGCCAUGAUAAUAAGUAGUGUAGGUGGUUUAAUCUUGGAUUACACUGUAGCUAAAUAUAAGGGUGUUGCAGUAUUUCAGCUUAUAAUAAAUGGAGUUGGAGGUAAUUUGGUGGCUGUCCAAGCUAGUAGGAUAUCUACAGAACUUCAUAUGAAAGCUAAACUGGGUCAUGUUCCAAAUAGUAUGACUAUUUGUUUGAAACCAUGUGCUGUUUUCUGUGAUACUAAAGAGACUUCUCAUGCUAGCACUGCUCAGAUGCUCCUAUUAAUGGUAAUUCCUGGGCAUUUAAUUUUUUCCUACACUAUUAGUUAUCUUCAAGCUGGACACACAUCUUUCACAUUCAUUUUCCUGUUGGUAUACUUGACGGCUGCUAUGAUACAAGUUGUUUUGUUGCUUUACAUUGCCCAAGUUAUGAUUUUAGCUAUGUGGAAAGUCAGUAUUGAUCCUGAUAAUUCAGCAAUUCCAUAUUUAACGGCCUUAGGAGACUUAUUGGGCACCUUAUUGUUGAGUUUAGCCUUUGAAUUUUUGUUUUUGAUCGGGGACCAUGAUAGUGAUGUUGGUGAUUAAAUAAUGCGUAAAGUAGAAACUACAUCUGUUACAACAAACUUCCUGAAUUUUCCUGAUUUACUUAAAAUUGCUUUGGGGGAACUUGUAUUUUGAAUAAUUUAUUGUUUGAAUUAGAAGCUGCAAUGAUCUUUGAGGUUUUUGAUGUAUCAAUAAAACAUUAAUGACUGUCCCUCAAGAAUCCACCUAACAUCAACAAAUUGACUUUUUUUUUAAUACAGGGUGGUCGAGUUUGAUAGGUGGAAAAUGAAGGAGACGAAAGAAAAUCUAAAAAUUCAUCUAAUCAAACUUGAAUACCUUGUACUUUGUAAAAGAGGCAUUUACGGAAUAUAAUUCAUUACACCAAUUUAUAUUAUUUUUGAGUGUCCAUCGUUUUCUGGAUUUCCUUCCUUCAAACUGGAUCAUCCUGUAUAAGUGAAAGUGUAUUGAGUAACAACUUAAACUCUGUAAAGUACGUAAUUCCUGUGUUAUUGAGUGAUUUGAUUUGUGAGUUUUCCUAUGCACUAAGGGGUUCGAAUAUUAUGAUUUACAUAAUGUACAAAGUAGUGCAUAUAUAUUUAUUUGAAUCUUUUCUUUUAAUGUACUUCUUCAUAGGAUAUCAAUUAAAUAUUGAAUUAUAUUAAACUUCUCUGUUGAAUAUUUUUUUUAUAUUCAAAUGAAAAUUUGAGUCAUAGGUUUUUGUCAUAACUUGCGUUUAAAAAAAUUCGUCGUCAAGUAGUUUUGGAAAUUUUUUAUAGGUUGAUAUUCUGUUUAAACGUAGCGCUUGGCUUCUACCACCACAUUAUUCACUGAGUGCAAAUAUAUGCAAUUUGUGUUUCAGUUGACAAUGAAUUCCAGUUUAGUUUUUAUUAUGAAAACUUUUCAAACAAAUUCUUAAAGACGAUUUUAUUUCAACGCACGUUACUAACCAGAAAUUGUGCCAUUUGUUUAUAAUCUAUUUGAAAAAUUAAAUAUAUCUGUGAUAAGAGAUUGCAAUUGUAACUUAAAAAGAGUGUGUCCUUAAAUUUUACAGUUGCCAAAGAGCAAAAAAUCUUAACUGUUUUAACAUUCUUCACUGUAACAAUUUCAAUGAGAAAUCUUGGUCUUGAGUUAUUUGUUCACAAUAAGGCAUAUUGUAUUUACUUUGUGGAUGUUAUUCAAUAUUUUGUACAAUAUAACGAUUUUUGAAAUUUU